AUGUCCGCCAUCGACACCAUCAAUGCCCUCCAUGCUGAGGCGUCGCGAAUUAUCCAUCUGCUCGGUCGAGCCCCUACACGCGCUGAGCGGGGCUUUGCGCUGGAGCUAGCUGACAAGGCUAUGGACCUUGCCAUCGAGGCCGGCUUCGAUGCUCCCGCGAUAGAGACCUGUCAAGCCUUCCAGCGCCUUUGCUACGACUCUCUAUUACAUUCCUACAGCUGGACUGAUAACCACGAACGUCGCAUGUACGAAAAAAGCGCGUCGAGAACUCCGAUAAAGCGUAAGCGCUCGGCCAGGAUCUACAAUGUCGAUAAGGGAGAGCACGUGCUCGAAGCUCUUGAGGCUGUCCAUAUUGGAAAUAUGUUGGGUAACCGUGUGUCGGUUGAGCCAAAUGCGUGGAAUCGCAGGAUUCGGUGGGGUGAUGAAGUUAUGGACCAGCCGAUUCGUCUCCCACCAGGCGUACCGCCAUACACCAAGAUCUUCGGGCCUAGUGCCAACUGUACUCUCGAGAUAUGUCCCGUGGAGAUAAGCGUGUAUGGCUACGCGCCUAGUCUCGCUGCUAAUGCCGUCUUCCUAUGUCUCUACCUCAUUUCUGCAUGCAUACACGUCUACCUGGGGAUUCGAUGGAAGAGUUGGUUCUUCAUGGGAUGUAUGGUCCUCGGCGCCGUCAAUGCUACUUUGGGCUACGCAGCUCGAAUUUCCAUGCAUUACAACCCGUUCAACUUUGCGGCUUUUAUGAUUCAAAUCAUUUGCGUUACUAGUGGUCCGGUCUAUUAUUCAGCGGCUAUCUAUGUGACACUUGCAGCAGCCAUCAAAGAUUUCUCUCCUUCACUUUCCCGCUUUAAACCCGACCUUUUCUACUGGGUCUUCAUUCCAUCCGAUGUCGUCUGUUUGAUAUUCCAAGCGGCCGGCGGCGGUUUAUCCACCGCAUCCUCUGGCUCGAGUGAGAUUGGGGUGGACAUGGCGCUUGUUGGUCUUAGUCUGCAAGUAGCAAUGAUGGUGAUCUUCUGUGGCUUCUUUGCAGAUUACUUGAUCCGCUACUUCCGCUCUGCCCAGUACCAAGCAGACCUAGGAAGAAACAUAUCCGGUUUGGAUUUUGGAACCAGACUGAAGGUCUUCUUCAGCUUUAUGACAUUGGCUAUAAUGCUGAUUUUGGCUCGAUGCACAUACCGGCUUGUUGAAUUGCGCGAGGGGUAUAGUGGUGAUCUUAUUCGCGACGAGCCCUUAUUUAUAGGCUUGGAAGGAGUGUUGGUCAUAUCUGCUGUUUAUUGCCUCUUGAUUGCCCAUCCUGGAUUUAUCUUCAAGAAAGGUCAGCAGAAUUUGUUAAAUGCAUCUGGUUUGGAUGGUUACGAGUUCCAAAAGGUCCCUUCUCAGACGCCCGCAUGA